AUGAGUCAUCGGUACCAACUUCAAGUUCAAGCCAUUAUCGUCACCUCCUUUCGCCAACGCCACUUUUCCUUCUCUUCCCGUUACGCUGCCUCAAGGGUAUCGUUUUCUAGUUUUUGUUGCGGGAAAAAUAUAGAAAUGGAGGAAGUGAAGGUUGCUUCGGACUUGUUGGUGGGUGACCCCGCUUUGUUGGAGAAGAAAAUUGAUGCAAUUCGUUUGGGUGGUCCCCAGAAGCUACAGGUUAUUGCUGAUUUUGAUGCCACUUUAACUAAGUUUUCGGUUAAUGGAACUCGUGGUCAAUCCAGCCAUGGCCUUUUGCAGCAGGGUAAUCCAGAAUAUGAUGCCAAAAGGCAGCAGUUAUAUGAAUAUUACCAUCCAUUAGAAUUUUCGCCAACCAUUGGACUUGAAGAGAAAACGAAGCUCAUGGAAGAGUGGUGGGGAAAAACACAUGCAUUGCUUGUUGAGGGAGGACUUACAUAUGAAUCGAUAAGACAAUCAGUUGCUAAUGCCAACAUAGCUUUCAGGGAAGGUGUUUCUGAACUUUUUGAGUUUCUGGAGGCAAGAGACAUUCCUGUGUUAAUAUUCUCUGCAGGGCUCGCCGAUACCAUUGAAGAGGUCCUCAGGCAGAAACUUCACAGAUCCUUCAAGAAUGUGAGGAUAGUAUCCAACAGAAUGGUAUUUAAUGACAAUGGCAGCCUUGUAUCAUUUAAAGGGAAAUUGAUUCAUAGCUUAAAUAAAAAUGAGCAUGCUCUUGAUAUGGCAGCUCCGGUUCAUGAGAGGUUUGGUGAUAUGGAUGGUCCUACUGACGACAAUGCCUCAUUGAAGAAGAGGACCAAUGUUCUCCUUCUUGGUGAUCACCUUGGAGACUUGGGAAUGUCAGAUGGUUUGAAUUAUGAGACCCGAAUAUCCAUGGGAUUCCUGAACCACAAUAUUGAGAACUCACUCAGCUGCUAUCGAGAAGCUUUUGAUGUUGUUUUUGUGAAUGAUGCACCCAUGUGGGGAGUUAUCAAAUUGGUCUCUCAAAUGUGUUCAAGUGGGACAUGA